GUGGCUGAGCCGCCAAGGACCGGGGCCCGGACCAGCCCCUGAGCCCGGCUGGGCCCCCCGCCCCGGAAGCCCGGGCUCCACCCCUUCCGCCCUGCGGAUGCUCGGUAUCUUAGAGAUUCGCAGUUUGUUCUCGGAUGAAGGGUGGUGCGUGACUGUGAAAAACGGAGCUUGAGAGGGUUAUCUGGGGGAUAUCUCACAGGGAUUGGAGGUGAUGGUUCGCGCCAUUCAGUGCGUCAUGGACCUAAGCUCCCAGAAGAGAAGUGCUCCAGGCGCCAUCUUUACCAACACUCCUGAGCUCCCAGAAGAGAAGCACUCCAGAUGCCAUCUUUACCAACAUCUUCCUGCUCCAUCAAUUUACCUGCAUUCUUCUUUAAGGACACUUAAGGUUGCAGAGCCAUCCCUGGAUUAUUGAAAAGUCACAUGGGCUAUCAUGCCUGGCUGCUUCCCAUUUUGAAGAUGAGAUAAACUAAAACCUGAAGACAUUGAGCACUGUCAUUGGCUACCAGAUUGGCUGGUAGACAGCAGACCCAAAAGACAAGCCCAGACAGCUUGGGGCAUUGUUAUUGCUAAGAAAAGUCUCCAAAGGAAAAAAAAAAAUUUGAAGGACUCAGUGAACUUUCCUCCUCUGUUUAAGCAAGUAUUUUUUUCUUUGUUUUGUUUAUUUUUGCUGUACAGGUCUUUCUGUUCCUUUCAGCACCUUCUCUGUACUUUAAGAACUGUAGGUGGAGGGAUUAGCCAGGAACAAGUCAGGCAUUCAUACUUGAGGCUGUGAAGUAAUUGGUCACCCUCAAAUGAUUAGUGGAGGUUCAAGGAGCUCUCAGGAAGGAAGUAGAUCUGUGUUCUAAUUCUGAUUUGUCACUAAGUGACUGAGGGACUUAAUAUCUCUGAGUCUCCAUUUUGUCCACUGCCAAAAAACUAAAUAGAUAACAUUUAUUUUUUUUAUAUACUGUGCACUUAAAACCAUGGGGAGAAUUUUUGAUAAUUUUAAUCAUCAGCAACCCCUUGUUUGGACCACAUCAGUUACAUUGCUUCUAACCUAUUUUUCUUUUUUCCCCCUUCUACUCUUUGUGGUCUUCUUCCACUUUCUUCUGUUCUUUUCUAAUAGGAAUCAGAGUAGUCUAUAGUCAUUCAUUUGGAAAAGUAAUCUGGUAACUUCUCUGAGUGCACUAGGCUGAUUGGAGGUUUUAUAUUUAAAGAGAAAUUGAAUUCAACAUUGGCUCAACAGAUUGCUGAAAUUAGUAAUUUUGUACCCUCUCCUCGCAGCAUGCAGAGAAGACACCCAGCUGGGAUAUCCAGGAAUGAGAAAGUUUUCAACUGCUUAUACCCAAAGCCCAAUGCAAUUUUUAAGCUGAUUUGUUUUCCAUGGGCAGGAAGUGGCUCCACUUAUUUUGCCAAAUGGGGCCAAAACAUUUAUGAUUCUAUGGAAGUGUCCUGUUUAAGACUUGCUGGAAGAGAAAGUCGACUGGAAGAACCUUUUGCAAAUGACAUCAACCAGGUAGUUGAGGAAACUGUUCAUGCUCUGCUGCCAAUCAUCCAGGAUAAACCAUUUGCAUUUUUUGGCCACAGUUUGGGAUCCUACAUUGCUUUUAAAACUUCUCUGUACCUAAAAGAAAAAUAUAAGCUGGAGCCAGUGCACUUGUUUGUGUCAAGUAUGACUACCCGCCUUUCAAAGGCCUGGCCUCAAAUUUCCAAAAUUAACGAAUUGUCAGAAGAAGAAAUAAACUCUUUCCUUAUAGAGUGUGGAGGUACCUCCAUGACUUUUUUGGAUGAUAAACAACUUUUACAACAAAGUAUUCCCAAACUGUUGGCAGAUGUUAAGCUUCUCAGUAAUCACAGCCUUGACAUGCCCUCUAAGGCCGUUCUUUCUUGUGACUUAACAUGUUUUGUUGGAUCUGAAGACAUAGUAAAGGAUGUAGAAGCCUGGAAAGAUGUGACCAAUGGGACUGUUGAUAUUCACAUGCUGCCAGGAAAUCACUUUUAUCUUCUGAAACCUGACAAUGAAAACUUCAUCAAGAAAUACAUAACCAAGUGUCUAGAACUGUCAAUGCUUGCUGACUUUUAGGUAUUUUUCCUUCAGGCCUUAAAAUAGUCUUCUUCGGUUAUGCAGAUGUAGCCCAGUAGUUUUAUUCAGAGAUUGGAAAUCACACAUUUUUUACUGUCAGGAUAAUUUAUUAUAUAUGAAUGCAUUUCUCCCUCAAGCAUUUAUGCAUAUGGGGACAAAAAGCAAAGAUGUAAAACACACUUCUGGCAGAGUAUCUUUUUAUUUGACUUUCAUUCAAUUUGCAUCUGGGAAAGUUUGCCAGCAAAAUUAAUGCUUGGUAAAUUAUCAUUUUCCCCUUCAAUUAUUCAUCUUUUUUUUUCUAGUGCUGGGGAUCAAAACCAGGGCCUUACACAUACUAGGCAAGCUUUCUGCCACUAAACUACAACCCUUAGCCUUCUUCAAUUAUUUUAAUGGUGAAAAUGAUUGACUUAUCUUGAUCUGUCUUUUGAAAUACAGAGUAGUCCUAUUUAAUAAGAAAAUGUAACCUAUUGCUUUAUGAUGCGAAGGCAGCCAUAUACAAAUAUUACCUGUAUCAACAAGUCCUCAGAACGCCUUCGAGCUCAGCCUUCUUCGUAACCAGUUCCUUCUACAUGAAUUACUGGGUGGCUGUCUGUGGUCCUGCUAAUGACUGAUGGACUCAGGGUGAGCCUUUCAAGGACAAACAACCUAGAGUCUACUCAUGGGUGUUGUGAGUGGUCAAGCAUGAAGGUUAAGCCAAAGAGGCUGUCUUGGCCUCACUGUGAUAGCUUGAACUCCACAUGGAAGGAAAAUGGAACUGUUGGAAACAAACAAGAAUCCAAGAGAAAAAGAGAAGCAGAAAUGGAGUAAAUGAUCUGCAUCCAAACGACGGCAGAAACUACAAAUGGGAUCCACAGAUCCACUGAAGGGAAUGAAGCAUCCCGAUAUCCUGAGGCUGCCUGGGCCCUGAGCUCUGACCAUUCCCAGACUGGGCCAUCUCUUCAAGGCCUGACUAAUGCAGUCAGGCCCCUCCCCACUGCCCAUUUCCUUCUUUCUAUCACACCUUUACAGUAAAUUCUACUAACUUAAUGGGACUGAUAUCUCUUCCUUAUAGCCCACACUACUUAACAUAAUACUAAUUAUUAAAAUCUUAACUUUUAAAGCAUCUACAUAUUCAUGGUUACAUAAUAUGACCAUUCAUUUCAUUAAAAUAAUAUGGGCAGUAGGGUCUUAGAAAAUAAGAUUAAGGAAAAUGCAUAUAGGAGACAUUUUUCCAAAACUUAUCAUAACAUUUUAAACCAAGUACAAAUAAUACAAAAAUCAUUACUGGGGCUGGGGGCUUUGACUUAGAAUUUACAUAAUAAAUUUGGGCUAGAAACAGCCUCAAACAAUUUAUGUUAAAUGUUUAGUAUGUGUUGUACUGUACCUUUUAGUUUGAUGCAAUUUCCAGAGCUUCCUUAGUAAAGGAUUGGUAAAAAAUUCA